AUCCCACUGGUCGCCUGGGCAGUGAUCAUAUAUAUCCGCUCCCCCAACGCCCCACUCCCCAGGCCCCACCAUCUCCUCCUAACUACCCCCUCAGCCACUUCUCUUCGCGUCCAACUCAAUCAAGCCAAAAGCUCUUCUCUGUCGAUCGGCCUGAUUCUCUUUCAGCUGGUGGAAGUUCUCGCGCCCGGCGGAGAUGGCGAGGAAGAAGAUUAGGGAGUACGACUCCAAGCGCCUCCUCAAGCAGCACCUCAAGCGCCUCGCCGGCAUCGACCUCCAGAUCCGCUCUGCCCAGGUCACUCAAUCUACGGAUUUCACUGAGCUCGUAAACACAGAAACAUGGUUGUCCUCUACCAGACUAGUGGUCAAGCCCGACAUGCUUUUCGGGAAGCGAGGAAAGAGUGGUCUUGUAGCCCUUAACUUAGAUAUGGCACAAGUCGCUCAGUUUGUCAAAGAACGGCUCGGCGUGGAGAUUGAGAUGGGAGGCUGCAAGGCACCCAUAACCACAUUUAUAGUGGAACCAUUUGUUCCUCAUGACCAGGAGUACUAUCUUUCAAUCAUCUCCGAGAGGCUAGGCAGCACCAUAAGCUUUUCCGAGUGUGGAGGUAUCGAAAUUGAAGAGAAUUGGGACAAGGUUAAGACUGUAUUCCUACCAACUGAUAAGCCAAUGACCAACGACGCUUGUGCUCCACUCAUUGCUACAUUGCCUCUGGAGGUUCGAGGGAAAAUUGGGGAUUUCAUUAAAGGAGUGUUUGCCGUUUGCCAGGAUCUGGACUUUAGUUUCCUGGAGAUGAAUCCAUUUACUCUUAUUGAUGGAGAGCCAUAUCCAUUAGAUAUGAGGGGCGAGCUUGAUGAUACAGCUGCUUUCAAGAAUUUUAAUAAGUGGGGGAACAUCGAGUUUCCUUUGCCAUUCGGCAGAGUUCUAAGCCCGACAGAGAGCUUCAUUCAUGGUUUGGAUGAAAAGACGAGUGCAUCCCUGAAAUUUACCGUUUUGAAUCCUAAAGGACGUAUUUGGACCAUGGUAGCUGGAGGCGGGGCAAGUGUCAUCUAUGCUGAUACGGUUGGAGACUUGGGUUAUGCUUCAGAAUUGGGCAACUAUGCAGAGUACAGUGGAGCUCCAAAUGAGGAAGAGGUCUUGCAAUAUGCAAGAGUAGUCAUUGAUUGUGCUACUGCAAACCCUGAUGGUCGUAAGAGAGCCCUUCUGAUUGGAGGAGGCAUUGCUAACUUCACCGAUGUUGCAGCCACCUUCAGUGGAAUUAUCAGAGCCCUAAGAGAGAAGGAAUCUAAACUGAAAGCUGUGAGAAUGCAUAUUUAUGUGAGAAGAGGAGGCCCCAACUAUCAGACUGGUUUAGCGAAGAUGCGUGCACUUGGAGAGGAGCUUGGAGUUCCUUUAGAGGUCUAUGGGCCCGAGGCAACCAUGACGGGGAUCUGCAAGCAAGCAAUUGAAUGCAUCAUGGCAGAAUGACAAUAGAUACAUUAUUGAUCCAUUCUCCCAUCAUCAUAUCUGAAAAGAUUAAUUGUGCAACAAGUUUGUGUAAUGUGCGUGUGAGGUCGAUUGUCCUUUGCAGACUUCUCCGAUUGAAAGUAACUGUACAUUUUACGAUCCUUUCCCCCUGUUUUAUACCCCCAGAAUAAGAGUGUUUACCUUUUGAGAUAAAGUGCGGCUUUGGAAAUUCCCUA